AAUAAAAAUUUGCAGUUUGUCUUUGACAAAUACAAUUAUGGAAGGCGUCGUUGUAAAACUCCCUUCUUUCCCAUUUCUAAGCCCUACUAUUUCACCUUCUUCCCCUUACUCGAAUUGUCGUCUAGGUUUCCGCCGCUUCUCGGCUUCGCUUUCCGCCGCCGUUAAAAAAGGCUCCGUCUCAUUAGGCCACUCAACACGACCCGACUUCCCCAUACUCCACCAGGAAGUAAAUGGGUCGAAACUUGUUUACUUAGACAAUGCGGCAACCUCUCAGAAACCAACGGCAGUGUUGAAAGCUCUGCAGAAUUACUACGAAGCUUACAAUUCAAAUGUUCACAGAGGAAUCCAUUAUUUGAGUGCCAAGGCAACUGAUGAGUACGAGUUGGCACGGAAGAAAGUGGCAGCAUUUAUUAAUGCAUCAGAUUCUACUGAGAUUGUAUUCACAAGAAAUGCUACUGAGGCUAUUAAUUUAGUGGCUUAUUCUUGGGGUUUGUCCAAUCUAAGGCAUGGGGAUGAGAUUAUACUUACUAUUGCUGAACAUCAUAGUGCUAUUGUUCCUUGGCAAAUUGUGGCACAAAAAACGGGUGCUAUUUUGAAAUUUGUAAGUUUAGAUGAGAACGAGGUUCCAGAUGUAGAGGAGCUGAGGGGGAUGAUUUCUGAAAGAACAAAACUUGUAGUUAUUCAUCAUGUGUCUAAUGUGCUUGGCUCAGUUCUUCCUAUUGAAGACAUUGUGAUCUGGGCUCAUGCAGUUGGAGCAAAAGUGCUUGUAGAUGCUUGUCAAAGUGUUCCCCAUAUGGCGGUUGAUGUCCAAGGUCUUGAUGCUGACUUUCUUGUUGCUUCUUCUCACAAGAUGUGUGGGCCUACAGGCAUUGGAUUCCUAUUUGGGAAGAGCAAUCUGUUGUUAGGCAUGCCUCCAUUCUUAGGUGGUGGAGAAAUGAUCUCUGAUGUAUUUUUAGAUCAUUCAACAUAUGCAGAACCCCCGUCCAGAUUUGAGGCUGGAACACCUGCAAUCGGUGAGGCAAUUGGAUUAGGGGCUGCAAUCGAUUACUUGUCUGGGAUUGGCAUGCAGAAGAUUCAUGACUAUGAGAUGGAGCUGGUCAAUUAUUUAUACGAAAAACUUUGUUCUGUUCCAAAUAUUCGGAUCUAUGGUCCAAAGCCUUCUGAUAACAUUCACCGUGCUGCUCUCUGUUCUUUCAAUGUCGAGAAUAUUCAUCCUACAGAUCUUGCAACUUUUCUAGACCAACAGCAUGGGGUGGCUAUCAGAUCAGGUCACCAUUGUGCCCAGCCUCUCCAUCGCCACCUAGGAGUCAACGCAAGCGCACGUGCAAGCCUUUAUUUCUACAAUACCAGAGAAGAUGUCGAUGAAUUCAUCCGAUCCCUCGAUGACACUGUCAGCUUCUUUAACUCUUUCAAGUAGAGAUUUUCUUGUUUUCAACAUAGGGUUGCGUCAACCAUUCCUGUAUACUACAUUACGUUGCUUAUGAACAAGUACAUCUUUACACAGUGAAUCAAUGUAUAAGUGUACGGUCUGUUUGGUGUUUGAGAGAAUAUUGUGUAACAAGUCGGUCAAACACAUACCCAGAACCUAUACAAUCUCUUCAUUUUA